AUGGCGGAGAAGCGCGGCAGCAUCCGCUCGUUCUUCACCCCCGCGGCGAAAAAAACGAAGAAAGAUGACGCCGACGAAACGACAGAAGACGCGAUCGCGCCGCUGCGACCGUCGAACGUCGUCAACGCGGACGCGGGCGCCGACGCGAAGGAAGGAGGCUCGACGUUGACGGACGCGCAGCGUGAGCGCGUCGAGCUGAACAAGCAGCUCGCGCGAAGCAAGGCUGCGCAGAGGGAGGCGACGAAAAUAGCGGAAGUCGCCGCCGCGAACGGCGUCGCGCCGAACAUCGAGGACCUCCUCGUCGAGAGCACCUGGAGGGAGAUCUUAGAGCCGGAGUUCAAGAAGGAGUACUUCGGGAACCUGAAGACCUUCCUGAAGCGCGAGUGGAGCUCCGGCGCUAAGGUGUUCCCGGCGACGAAGAACGUGUUCCGAGCCUUCAACUCGUGCGCGACGGCGAACGUGAAGGUGGUCAUCCUCGGGCAAGACCCGUACCACGACGACGGUCAAGCGAUGGGGCUGAGCUUCUCCGUACCGAAGGGGAUCAAGGUUCCGUCGAGCCUGAGUAAUAUUUACAAAGAGCUCGGGGACGACUUGGGGUGCAAGAAACCGACGCACGGGGACUUGGACAAGUGGGCGACGCAAGGCGUGCUGAUGCUCAACGCGUCGCUGACGGUUCGCGCGCACCAGGCGAACUCGCACAGCAAGAAAGGUUGGGAGGUGUUCACGGACGCGGCGAUCCGGUCGCUGUCGAAGAAGCAGACGAACCUGGUGUUCAUGCUGUGGGGGAAGAACGCGCAAGAGAAGGAGCGGCUCAUCGCGAAGGACGGGAAUCACCUCGUGUUGAAGUGCCCGCAUCCGAGCGGUCUGAGCGCGCACAGAGGGUUCUACGGGUGCAAGCACUUCUCGCAGGCGAACGCGUACAUCGAGAAGAAAGGCGGCGUGCCCAUCGACUGGCAGAUCGAGUGA